AUUUAUUUAGGAAAUGUGGUAUAAAAACUUUUCAAAAUAAAGUUGGAAUCUUCGUGUUUGGAGGUAUAUUAUAAUAGAUAUUGAUAUAUAGAAAGGCAAACAUAUUAUUUAAUUAAGAUGAUAUUGGUAUGUUUAAGACAAAAGGUGUUUUGAGAUGGAAAGAUACUGUAUUUAGAAUGGCUAGAAGUGAAGCAUGUGUAUAAAAUUAUGAAUAUGAAUGAUAGUUAAGAGGAUUUAACUUCUUCUUUUUUGCUGGGAUGAUUGGAUCAUUCAUUUGGGUAAAAUCAAACUAUUAUGAUCCAAAAUAUGUAGCACCAAAAAAAGUAGAAAGUGAGAAGGAAUUAGAAAGAUUAGAUGCUGAAGCAGAUAAAAUAUUAUUUAAGAAUAGAUUGGAAGCAUAUUCAAGACCACAUAGAAGUUUGGAAGAUUUGAUAGCUUUUUUAUCUGGGUAUUGUGAAAUAAUUAAUAAUAUAUAGUUCAAAAACAUUUGAUUAAUUUGCUGAUUUUAUCAGUUAUGAAGAAGCAAUGAAUAAUAGUAUGGAUUAAUAAAAUGGAUUGGAUUCUUGGAUGGAUGAUUAAGAUUAGAGAAUGCUUAAAUAUUAUCAAAGAAGUAUAGGACGUACUCCAAAAUUUGAUUGAUUA